UAUGGAAAAAUUUUCAGAAACUCAUUAAAUAUUAAUGGAAUAUAUGAAAAAUGGUUCAUUAUUAGACAUCUUAUUAACAAGCGGAAAAUUUACAGAAAAAUUUGCACGCACAAUUGCAAUAAAUUUAUACAAUCAAAUAGGGAUUUUGCAUAGAAAUGGAGUAAUACAUUUUGAUUUGAAACCUGAUAAUCUUAUGUUUAAUGAGAAUAUGAUGUUAAAAAUAUGUGAUUUAGGAUAUGCAAAUAAACCUAUAGGCUUUACUUAAGGAUAUGCUUCUCCAGAAUAAAUUUAAAAUAAAAUUAUUGAUCCCGAAAAAUGUGAUGUAUUUGCCUAUGGAAUAAUAAUUUUUAUUAUUGUUAUGGGGUUUCCACCCUUUUAACAUUAUCAAGAUAAUUGGUACAAAUUGAUUUCAAAUUAAUAAUGGGAUUAAUUUUGGAGCAAAAUCAAAUUAAAUGGAAAACCUGAUCCUUCUGAAGAGUUUAAAGAUUUAAUCUAAAAAGUUAUUGCUGUUGAUGUGAAUAAAAGAUAUAAUAUGUAAAAUAUAUCUACUGCAGCAUGGUACACUUUAGAAAAAGUUUCGGAUUAAGAAUGUACAUAGGAGCUACUUAAAAGAAUUAACUUGAGAAAUGUAGGAUAUUAUAAAUAUUGA